CGAAACCCGAAAACUUGACCCGAAUUAUGCACAACACUCUCUCAGAAGUACUUUGAAAUGAAUCUUCUCCUCUCGACUCGAAAUAAUCAUUUCGCUCAAAUCCUUUGAGAAACCCUAAUUUCUCUCGCUGUCAAAGUUCUCCGGGGAACAAAAAUGGCGGAAUGUCCGAUGGAUAUCAUCAACGAUUUGUUCCUGCGUCUCUCAGCAGCUACGCUUGUACGUUGUCGCGUCCUCUCGAAGCCAUGCUUCUCUCUGAUCGACAGUUCUGACUUCGUCUCAUCUCACCUCAGUCGCAGACUCGAAACGGGAGACCAUCUCAUGAUCUUACUCCGAGGACCUCGCAUUCUUCGUACGGUGGAGCUAGACGCGCCGGAGAACGUCUCAGACAUCGACCACCCUUUGCAAGCCGGAGGUUUUACAGAGAUUUUUGGUUCUUUUAACGGUGUCGUCGGGUUAUGCAACUCUCCCCUUGACAUGGCUCUGUUCAAUCCGUCAACCAGGAAGAUUCACCGGUUACCGAUUGAGCCGCUUGAUUUCCCAGAACGUCACAUCACUCGUGAGUAUGUGUUUUACGGUCUGGGUUACGACUCUGUCAACGAGGACUUCAAAGUUGUGCGGAUGCUUCAGUCUAAGCUUAAAGGAGGCAAAGAAAAUUUUGGUUACCGUGUUGAGAUCAAAGUUUUCAGCUUGAAGAAGAAUUCGUGGAAGAGAGUCCAUCUUCUCUUUGAGUUUAUGGGUCUCUUCAUCUAUUUCUAUUACCAUCUGUUGCCUCGCCGUGGAUUUGGUGUUCUAGCGAACAACCAUCUUCACUGGAUUUUGCCUCGAAGGCAAGGACUCAUCGCCUUUAACACCAUAAUCAGAAUUGAUCUUGCUGCUGAUGAACUCGGAGUCCUCAGUUUCCCACGGGAACUUUACACUGCAGAUAAUAUGGAUAUAGGUGUGCUAGAUGGCUGCGUUUGUUUGAUGGGUUACGACGAGAUUAGCCAUGUUGAUGUUUGGAUAUUGAGGGAAUAUGAAAAUAUAAGAUCUUGGACUAAGCUGUUUAGGGUGCUGAAACCAGAGUGUGUGGAAUCUUUUGAUUUCGUGAGACCUCUGCUCUAUUCCAAGGAUAGGAGCAAGAUUCUGCUGGAGAUUAACGAUGCUAAGAAUCUCAUGUGGUUUGAUUUGGAAACUAAGAGUCUUACAGCUGUUGGAAUAGAGUGUGAUAGUUCAUUCACCGCAGACAUCCUCGUGAGUAGCCUUGUUUUGGGAUGUAAAGGAGAUCCUACUGAAGCUCAGCGUAGGAAAGAUCAAAUGAUGCAGAAAAGUAACAAAAGGGGGGGUGGGUUUCUGUCCAAGGGAUUCAAGCUGAAGUUAUGAGGAAAGCAGGGGAAACUUCUGAGCCCAAACAUUAGAUCAAGGUGCAGUAGCAGUAACAGUAGCAGUAGUAGUAGCAGUCGCAGGGUGAAAGGAAAUGGCAAAAUCCUAAACCCAUAUAUGGACAUCGUAAUAAUUUCGCUUAACAUGUGUACGUAGUGGGUCGUAAAGGGAAGAUAGUGUUCUUAUGUAAUUGACUGGAAUCUAUAUGUGAAACUCUUUUCAGUUGUCUGUUGCAGUUUGAUAAACUCUCAAUCUUAAUCAAAAGUACAUCUGGUUGCAAAUA